CAAUCACCCCCUAUAUAUAAUCCAUUUUCCUUUUUCUCAGAUUCACUCUUUCAGAAGUUUUAAAUUCUCCCGCUUCCGAAGAAUUCAAACUUCAGUCUCAGAUCUCAAAAAUCAUCAACUCUUUCUCAGGAGAUUGAAUCUAUUAGAGAGAUGUCGAAUGUUACAGUUUGUGCUCGAUUUAGACCUUUAAACUCCAAGGAAAAACGAGAAACUGGUGAUAAGAUCUGUAUACAUAACUUAGAUCCUGAAGCUUUUGUUCUCAAGGAUGAGAAAGAAGGAGAGUUCACAUUCUGUUUCGAUAAAGUGUUUUAUCAUGAUUCGAAACAAUCAGAUGUAUACGAGUUUCUUGCUCUUCCAAUUGUGAAAGACGCUGUCAAUGCCAUUAAUGGAACUAUCAUCGUUUAUGGACAGACAGGAGCAGGGAAGACAUAUAGCAUGGAGGGAAAUGGUAUUAUGGACUGUCAUGGAGAGGAGAAAGGGCUACUUCCACGAGUCGUGGAUGGACUUUUCGAGUGUCUUAAAUCGCUUGAUGAAAUGACUAAGUACACAGUCAAGUUGUCAAUGGUGGAGAUCUACAAGGAGAAAGUAAGGGACCUAUUUGAUUUAUCAAAAGACAACUUGCAAAUCAAAGAGAGUAAGCUUCAUGGAAUAUAUUUGACUGGCGUUACUGAGGCCAUUAUCUCUGAUCCAGCAGAAGCAUCACAAAACCUUUCGAAUGGAGCUGCAAAUAGAGCUGUUGGAGAGACACAAAUGAACAUGGCAAGCAGUAGAAGUCAUUGUGUCUACAUCUUUACAAUUCAGCUGGACUCAGCAAAUGACAGAAGGUCGCAGUCUGGAAAACUAAUUCUUGUAGACUUGGCUGGGUCUGAGAAAGUGGAAAAAACUGGAGCUGAAGGGAAAGUACUUGAUGAAGCUAAGACCAUCAACAAAUCUUUAUCGGCUCUUGGAAAUGUUAUUAAUGCUCUUACUAAUGGUAGUCCAGGAAAAACAAAUCACAUCCCUUACCGUGAUUCAAAGCUUACUCGGUUUCUACAAGAUUCUCUUGGUGGGAACUGUCGAACAGCAUUGCUGUGUUGUUGCUCACCUAGCACUUUAAAUUCGUCGGAGAGCCUCUCAACUAUACGGUUUGGUGCAAGAGCAAAACAUAUAAAGACAUCACCAAAGGUCAUUCCUAGUGAAGACAUAGUUGAGAAGAAAGAAAUGAUUCCUUCUGCAGUUAAAGAUGAUUCAAACUCAUGCCAGAGAAUACUAAACAAGUUAAGUGAGAAGAUGAAGGUUGAAGAUGUAAAGUUACUAGAAGAGUUGCUUAUAAAAGAGGGAAUAAUUUACAAUCUUAACUCAAUCGAAAUAGACUUCGAACCAGCUUUAGAAGACUUAACUUCUCGGACAAUAACCAUACUGCAGCAAACUGUGGAAGAGUUAUCUUCAACUGUUCACAAGUUGAAGAGAGAGAAUAAGGCUCUAAAAGAUAUACUAAAAGAUAUGCUAUUGGCUGAUGCUGGUAGAUUAGAUACACACGGGGAAGAUGUUGAAGGUUACGCCAGCUACUAUGGGAAGAUUUCAGGUCUUUUCAGUUCCCUAUAUGCCUGGGUUUUCAGAUACAUAACAACACUAUAACUCAGAAAGGUUGUUAAAUGACUGGAAAAGAAAAAGGUCAGUGAUGUGAGUAUUAUGUAGCACCAUUAUAAGUCUAUAAUUGAUGUACCGAAAGUUCUUGACUGAAUUCAAACUUUUCUGGAGUUCUGUGAAAAUGCUGAAUAGGUUCAUAUUUAGUGUCUCAAAUCAUAUUUUCACACUUUGGUUGUUUUUUUACCCUUUUAUUGUUACCCAUAUUGUCUGAGUCCUUCAAGUCAUCACACAGGCAUAUGGCUUGCAAUUUGUAAUGCCAUUCAUGUCAGACAAGUAUCCAACUAGCCAAAUUUUGUGUAACCUAUUCCUUUGUCAGACUUGAUAGUCUUAAUACUUAUCCA